AUGUAUUCAACUGGAUCUUCUUCUUCGAUUUACGUUGCCAUAGGUGAUUUCAACAGAGACGAUCGUUUAGAUAUUUUCGUCAUCAAUAAUGACACGAGCAGCAUAGAUAUCUUACUUGGAUAUGACGAGUUUUUUCCAAAUCAAACUCAAUAUGCAACUGGCACUUCGUCGGUCUUUGUAGCUAUUGGUGAUUUUAAUAAUGACAUCGUACUAGACAUCGUCGUUACCAAUUAUGAUGAAAACACUGUAAGCAUCCUUCUCGGAUAUAGCAAUGGAUCUUUUGCAGAACAAGUAAAAUAUUUCACUGGCACCAAACCAUAUUGUGUAGCUGUUGGUGAUUUUAAUAACGACGCCCAACUGGAUAUUACUGUCAGUAAUUAUCGGAGUCACAAUAUAAGUGUAUUUCUCGGAUAUGGAAAUGGCUCUUUUGCAAAUCAAACGACAUAUUCUACCGGUACUUAUCCGUAUGGUUUAGCUGUCAAUGAUUUUAACAACGACACUCGACUGGAUAUUGUCGUCACUAGUUAUGCUGACAAUACUGUAAGCGUACUUCUCGGUUAUGGCAAUGGUUCUUUUGCAAAUCGAAUGGCAUAUUCAGCUGGCAUUACUCCAUUCGAUGUAGCUGUUGGUGACUUUAACAACGACACUCUAUUGGACAUUGUCGUCACUAAUUCUGAUAGCAACACUGUAAGUGUACUUCUAGGAUAUGGUAACGGCUCUUUUGCAAAUCGAGUAGCAUAUUCAACUGGCACUAAUCCAGUAUUUGUAGCUGUGGCUGAUUUUAACAAUGAUUCCUAUUUAGAUAUCGCCGUCACUAAUUUGGAUGACAAUACGAUAAGUGUACUUCUCGGAUAUGGUGAUGGGUCUUUUGCAAUGCAAAUGACAUUUUCAACUGGCGACUUGCCAUUCGGUUUAGCUGUCGGCAAUUUCAAUAACGACACCCGACUAGAUAUUAUUGUAAGUAAUUCUGGAAAUAAUACCAUAGGUCUAUUCGUUGGAUAUGGUAAUGGCUCCUUUGCAAGUCAAAAGACAUAUUCCACCGGUGCUUAUCCAUUCGGUUUAGCUGUCAGUGACUUUAACAACGAUACUCGAUCGGAUAUCGCCGUCACUAAUUAUAAUGAUAACACUGUUGGUGUUCUGCUCCGUUAUGACAGAGGAGCUAUGAAAAACGAAAUUACAUUUACUCCCAGUGCUGCUGCUCAUUUGGCAUGCAUUGCCAUUUCUGAUUUCAAUAACGAUAGUCUAUUGGAUAUUGUCGUUGCUAAUUAUGGUAGUAAUAACCUAGGUGUCAGUCUUGGAUAUGGAAAUGGCACCUUUGGAAAUGAAAUGGUAUUCUCAACAGGAUUAAAAUCUUAUCCUUACUCAAUUGCAAUUAAUGACUUCAAUAAAGACGGUCAAGUGGAUAUUGCAGUAGUCAAUCGUGGUACUAAAAGUCUUAGUACAUUUCUGGGAAAGGGGAACGGAACGUUUGAAAAUCAAGCAAAUUAUAGCACUAGUUUCGAUUUUGCUCCAUUGGCUGUUGGUGUUGGUGAUUUCAAUAGCGAUGGACAUUCGGAAAUUGUUGUUGCAUAUGAUGAUACUGAUAAUUUGGAUGUAUUUGUUAUAUAUGACAUCGGAGAUUUUUCUCAUCGAACGACAUAUUCAACUGACCCUUGGCCAAGCUCUGUUGUCUUUGGUGAUUUUAAUAACGAUACUCGACUGGAUAUGGUUGUCAGUACUAAGAAUUACAAUAAUGUAAUUGUAUAUCUUGGAUAUGGUAAUGGCUCUUUUGCAGAUCGAAUGACAUAUUCAGUUGGCAAUUACCCAAACUCUGCAGCUGUUGGUGAUUUUAAUAACGACGACCGACCGGAUAUCAUCGUCACUAAUUAUGUGGACAACACUGUAAGUGUACUUCUUGGAUAUGGUAAUGGCUCGUUUGCAACACAUAAGACAUCUUCAGCUGGCUAUUAUCUAGUUGGUGUAGCGAUUGGCGAUUUUAACAACGACAGCCGACUGGAUAUCGUCACUGCUAAUAUUGAUACAAAUUCGGUAGCUGUACUUCUGGGAUAUGGCAAUGGCUCUUUUGCAAGUCAAGAGUAUUAUUCAACUGACUCUUGGUCAUUCUCUGUAGCUGUAGGUGAUUUUAACAAUGAUACCCGACUGGAUAUUGUCGUCGCUAAUUUUGAUAGUGCGUCUAUAAGUAUACUUCUAGGAUAUGGCAAUGGCUUCUUUGCAAAACAAGUGAAAUACUCCACUGGUACUGCACCAAUAUGGAUAGUUGUCAGUGAUGUUAACAACGACAACCGACUAGAUGUCGUCGUCACUAAUCGUGACGACAACACUGUAAGUGUACUUCUCGGACAUGGUAAUGGCUCUUUUGCAAGUCAAACAACAUAUUCAACUGAUAUUGGGCCACUCUACGUAGAUGUUGGUGAUUUAAAUAAUGAUACUCGACUAGACAUUGUUACUGCUAAUUAUCAUGACAACACUGUAAGUGUGCUUCUAGGAUAUGGCAAUGGCUUUUUUGCAAAUCAAACGACAUAUUCAAUUGGCACUACUCCAAUAUGUGUAGCUCUUGCUGAUUUGAAUAAUGACGGCCGACUGGAUAUCGUCUCCCCUAAUGAUUUCAGUAGAAGUGUAAGUGUACUGCUAGGGUAUUCCAAUCAAGCUUUUGUAAAACAAACGACACUCAUAACUGGCAAUGGAUCUCGACCAAUGUCAUUCGCUACUGGGGAUUUUAACAGUGAUAAUAAACUGGAUAUAGCAGUCGCGAAUUCAGGUGCUAACACCAUGGGCGUUUUUUUUGGGAUAUGGCAAUGGCUCCUUCGCAAAUCAAAUAGCAUUUUCAACUGGCUCUACUCCAAUAUCUAUUGCUAUUGGCGAUUUCAACAACGAUACCAUAUUGGAUAUCGUCGUUGCUAA